UUUUCAUCUCGGACAAGAAAACAAACGCGCUCCAUACUCUCUCUCUCUCUUGCAGAGUUUUAUUCUUCAGCCUCCUUGUGGCUUCAACUCGGUUCUAAGCUCCUAAUCUCGACUCGGUACGGACACUUCGAAGAUUCUGGUUCUAUUUCUACAGCGUAUUCUUCAGCUCUGGUUAGUUUAGGUUCUCUGGAAAUGGAGCUCGUUGAAUAAUAUUAGGGUUUUGUGUGCUCAAGCUUGAGGGAAUUUGUUAACGCUUUAGCUGCACCUUUGGAGGUUCGACUGUGUAAAACGGUGGGGCUUGGUUCUAUGGUUGGAAAUGCUGAAUUUGCAGAGAUUUCUGGUUUUAUUUCGACUAUUUUUACUGAUUUUGGACUUGUUGGAAGUUAUGGUGAUGUAAGAGCUUGGGAUCUCUAGGGUUUGGUGUUUGUUAAGAAUUUUCCAUUUUUGAAGCUUGUGAUUACAAGGACUGAGUGGAAGAAGAAGGUGGGGUGGAAUUUGGGGUUUCUGGGAAAUUGAAGCUUUGGAUGGGCUUUUAGAUUUUCUCUGCCAGCUGCAAAGAUGUUUUAUUCGCAAUUUAUUUUGGCGAAGAAAGGGCCGCUUGGUACAAUAUGGAUUGCUGCACACUUGGAGAGGAAACUUCGAAAGAACCAGGUUGCUGAUACUGAUAUUGGUGUUUCAGUAGAUUCAAUUCUUUUCCCUGAAGCACCGAUUGCACUGCGGUUGUCUAGCCAUCUUCUACUCGGCGUGGUGAGGAUAUAUUCUCGGAAGGUGAAUUAUCUUUUCCAUGAUUGCAGUGAGGCUCUGCUUAAGGUAAAGCAAGCUUUUCGCUCAACUGCAGUUGAUUUGCCGCCCGAAGAAUCUACUGCACCAUAUCAUUCUAUCACCUUGCCGGAGACUUUUGAUCUUGAUGAUUUUGAGCUGCCAGACAGUGCAUUCUUUCAGAGUAACUAUGUUGAUCAUCAUGUUAGUACGAGGGAGCAGAUUACACUUCAAGAUACCAUGGAUGGUGUGGUUUACUCCACAUCACAGUUUGGAUUGGAUGAGCAAUUUGGUGAUGGUGAUACUUCUCAGAUUGGCUUAGACCUUGAUGAGGACCUGUUUCUAAACAAAAAUAAAGCUGCUGCAGAUAUGCUGAGUUUAGAGGAUGAUGUGGAUCUUCAGGCAUCUGGCCAACCCAUGACACCUUUUACUGUGGAUAUUGAUGAUGAGCAAACCAUUGAGGGGACAGCUGACGUUGAAAUCAUGGUAGAGGGUGGCCUUGGAGAACAGAUUGAUUCCGAUCUGUGUGAUCCAAUGAGAGCUGAUGAUUCUAGUAUUCUUAAUGGUGAUCCUAUUCAAAACCCAGAUCAAAAUGAGGAGGUUUUUCCUUGUAAACCAAUUGAUUGUCCAUCUUCAAAUCCUUCAGAAGAGUUGGUUGAGUGUGCUCAGGCCCAACAGAUUGAUUCUGAUCUGUGUGAUCCAAAGAGAGAUGAUGAUUCUAGUAUUCUUAAUGGUGAUCCUAUUCAAAACCCAGAUCAAAAUGAGGAUGAUUUUCCUUGUAAACCAAUUGACCGUCCAUCUUCAAAUCCUUCAGAAGACUUGGUUGAGUGUGCUCAGGCCCCUUUUACCCCUGGAUUAAUGGAAGAGUCAAUUCAAGCAAAGCAACCAGGGGACUCUCUAUCUGCUGCAGAGGGCAUGGACCACAUUGCUCCAGAUGUUUCCCGUACUAUUUCUUCACCCACUUCAGUUCUAGUUGAACAACCAAAACCUGUUUCUCCUGUGUCAGAAUGCUCAGAUAGAGUUAUAACUGCAGCUGAUGGUCAGGAGCAGGCAGAAGCUUUACAAAAUGGAGCUAUGAAUAACAAGGAUCCCACAGGAGUUGUAAAUGAAGCAUGUACCCCUACUUGUGCAUUGCCAUCUAGUCCAGACCUUUUGUUGGGGUCUGACGGUGGGCAUGAGCUUGGUGAAGCUCAAACUAAAAGUUGUACGAGAUCACAAGACUCCCAGAUUUUGAGCCCAGUUGGUUCUGUUGAAAAGUCCUGUGGUUGUAAUCCUGCUCUUCAGGCAUGCAGUUCCCAGAAGAACCAAUCUGAUUCAUUCUCUUUGUCAGAUGGUAAUUUAGCAGAUAAUGUGCCUGAAUCCAGAGAAAUGGGGCUUUGUUCGCAUGGGUUGUCAGAAAGGGAAGAAGACCUUCAAACUUCUGGAGUUUCAGCUGUACAAGGUGAAGUGUGUCAACGAACAACUCUUGUGGACACAACAUUAGAGACUGAUGCAAGUUCAGUGCCUCGUCCAGCAGAGGACAUUCUGGAAAAUCACGUUAAGCUGGAUGGGCACUUGGAUAAUGACAUGCCUGCACCUGAAACACUACUUUCAGUUCCCACUGAGGUCACUUCCCUGCCAAACCAUUUAUUACUGGAGCCAACUCCAGAAAAAGAGACUGUACAAGAGUGUGAGGGUAGUGAGGAUGGUGUCAAAAUUCUUUCUGGAAAGAAGCGCUGUUCUAUGGAAAGUACACCAGCUCUUCAGAGUGGUAAAUCAACUAAGCUUUCUGGGGUGCCUCAAUCCAAAAGAACUGUUGAGUCUAUUCCUGAUGAUGAUGAUCUAUUGUCGUCCAUAUUAGUUGGACGAAGAACUUCGGCUUUGAAGUUAAGGCCUACUCCUCCUAUACAUGAAGUAGCGUCUUCAAAACGCCCCCGGUUAGCAACACCCAGGAGCAGUGUUACUAAGAGGAAGGUGCCUUUGGAUGAUAGCAUGGUCUUGCAUGGCGAUACAAUACGACAACAGUUGACAAAUACUGAAGACAUACGCCGUGUGCGAAGGAAAGCUCCAUGUACUCAUUCUGAAAUUUGGAUGAUUCAGAAGAAUUUGUUAGAAGUGGAGAUUUUCAGUGAACCUAUAUUUACUGGUAUUGCAAUAGAAUUAAUUGGUUUGCACAACCAAACAUAUGAUCUGACUGAAUUUGCGGUUUCUCAAAAUGAUGCAAAACACAUUGGUUUAGAAGCAGUGAAGGAUACAGAGCUUUCUACAAGUGCAGACCCUACAAAUGAAACUAGCAUGGAAGGUUUAUCUGAACCAGUAGUAGCUGUGAAUGAUGGGGAAGAAAAUCCUCAUGAGGUGUUUGUACCGACAGAAAACCAGCAUUUUCAAGAGCAUGCCACUAAUUCUGUUGGAUAUAAUGCUCAAGACCAAGGAUUAGGUCCUACUAACCUGACUCAAGUUGACCCAUCAAAAUAUGAGCAGUUGGGGGAAAUGACUGCAAUGGAAACAGACAGAUUGGAUGGCAAAACUGCUGAGUCAGUGGCUCAUAAUCCUACAAAUGGGGUUGAACUUCCUUUACCAACUAGUCCUUUUGCUGGAGAUAAUUGUAAUGCAUUAUCCGAUCUGAUAAUUGAGUCAUCCUCACAGCAUAAGUUGGAUGAUCAUUCUGCUGAAAAAGAUGCUUCUGUCAUGGAUAGAACUGAUGGCGGGAGAGUUGAUGUCACUGAGGCAAGUUCAGUUCUAUCUGAAGGUGUUUCAAGAGCAGGGGAUGUGUCUUCUCUGGAGGAAGGUGAAGGUGGCAAGUCUGUUGAUAUGGUGUUACCGAACUUCUCUCAAGAAUGCAACCUUGAUAUAGGGGAGAAUUCCUCAAUUGCUGUUGGCUCACUGGAAGCCAGAUAUCAUCUUGCGGAUUCAUCCACUCGCAUUGAAAAUGGAAGCCCUUCAUCUCCAGGUGUUUUUAUAGAGAAUGGCGAGCAGACUGAUUCAAUUGUUAUUACUGGUGAUGGAACCAAGGGGGGAAUGGAAGCAAAUGAGUCUGGGGAUCUGCAAGAGAAUGAACUCGUGGUGGGGAAGACAGAGAGAAAUGAUGGUAUCCCCUCUCUCAUGCCCAUUUCUGUUGAAGAACCUCAAAAUGAACUCAAUAUGGAAAUGCAAGAUCAUACCUUUGAUGGAGUAGAAAAUUUAGGCAGUCAGGAAGCAAAUCUGAAGAGCACUACAGAUGCUGAAAUCACAGCCCUUGACAAUGGGGCUGUCAGAGAUUCUAUUGAUUGUGAGCACACAAUAGAUGGGAAUGACACAGGUUUUCUUAAUGUAGAUGAUGACGAUGUGGAGGAUGAAGAGGACAAUGGCAUGCCAGGAGGUGAAGAAGCCCAAUUUUUUGAUAACAGUGGAUGGUCAUUGCGUACAAGAGCUGUGGCAAGGUAUCUCCAGACCUUGUUUGAUAACGAAGCUGGGCACAGUAGAAAACUACUUUCAGUGGACAACCUCUUAGCUGGUAAAACUCGAAAGGAAGCAUCAAGGAUGUUUUUUGAGACGUUGGUUCUCAAGACAAGGGAUUAUAUCCAUGUAGAACAGGGAAAUCCCUUUGACAAAAUACAUAUAAAGCCCAGAGUAAAGCUCAUGAAAUCAGAAUUCUGAUGUCUACAAAGGAAGUUUAUACAGAAUCGAACAUCACUCCCUGUAAUUCUAGAAGCUGACGCUCGACUCCCCUCAUGGAUCUUCUUUCUCGUUGAUUAUGAUUAUUUUGUCUUUUUCAAGUUGUGUAUUUUCUUCUUUUUUAAAUGUAACAGGUAGAUCAUCACGCUAAGGGGAUGAGCAGAUAAUCUGUAAGCUUAUCAAUCAAAAAAGAAAAAAUGAGCAAUCGCUUGUAAUGUAAUACCGACUGUACCCAUAUGUAAAUAUCUGUAAAAUUAUAUCCAUAAUUGAAGGUGAUAAUUUUACUAGUUUCUAUUAUUAGAGC